UGUCAGGAGCCAGAGGAGCCAUCCUGAGCCAGGGCCUGUCUCACCAGAGGUGUAGGUUGUGCCCAUGCCAGCCUCCGGUUUUGGAGGCUUGUUUGCCAGUCUCCACGUGCUGACGCCAUGGCGCUAAGGCUCCCAGGAAUGAGGUCGCUCACUCUCAUUAGCCUAGUCCUGGUUUUGGCUCUCCCUGCUGAUGCUGGGCUUUCUCAGAAGCAUGUUUCAGACGUUGUUGAUGACAGCAAAGACAACAUCACCAUUUUCACCCGCAUCCUGGACAGGCUGUUGGAUGGAUACGACAACCGUCUGAGACCUGGACUUGGAGACAGUGUAACUGAAGUCAAGACAGACAUUUACGUGACGAGUUUUGGCCCGGUCUCAGACACGGAUAUGGAAUACACUAUUGACGUCUUUUUCCGGCAGUCCUGGAGAGAUGAAAGGCUGAAGUUUGAUGGUCCCAUGAAAAUACUUCCCCUGAACAACCUGCUGGCAAGUAAGAUCUGGACUCCUGAUACCUUCUUCCACAACGGGAAGAAAUCUGUUGCCCAUAACAUGACAACUCCCAACAAGCUGCUGCGCCUGGUAGACAAUGGCACCCUCCUGUACACCAUGAGGCUAACGAUUCACGCAGAGUGCCCCAUGCACCUGGAGGACUUCCCAAUGGAUGUGCAUGCUUGCCCGCUGAAAUUUGGGAGCUAUGCCUACACAAAGACAGAGGUGAUCUACACCUGGACGCUGGGGAAGGAUAAAUCAGUGGAAGUAGCAAAGGGUGGAUCUCGCCUGAACCAGUAUGACCUUCUGGGCCACGUUGUUGGGACAGAGAUGGUUCGCUCCAGCACAGGAGAGUAUGUUGUCAUGACCACACACUUCCACCUCAAGAGGAAGAUUGGGUACUUUGUGAUACAGACCUACCUGCCCUGCAUUAUGACGGUCAUCCUGUCCCAGGUCUCCUUCUGGCUAAACAGGGAAUCUGUUCCUGCCCGAACGGUGUUUGGUGUCACCACUGUCCUCACCAUGACCACACUAAGCAUCAGCGCCAGAAACUCGUUACCUAAGGUGGCGUACGCGACGGCCAUGGACUGGUUCAUAGCCGUCUGUUACGCCUUUGUGUUUUCUGCGCUGAUCGAAUUCGCCACUGUCAACUACUUCACCAAGCGCAGCUGGGCUUGGGAUGGCAAGAAGGUGCUGGAGGCACAAGAGAUGAAGAAAAAAGAGCCAGUGGCACUGGCGAAGAAAACCAACAACACCUACAACAUUGUUGGCACCACCUAUGCCCUCAACAUUGCCAAGGACCCUGGCCUGCCCACCAUCGCCAAGAGUGCUGCUGCCACUGCUACUGCCACCAACGUAGUCCCUAAGAUGCCCCGCAUAGAGGAGAAGCUCCCGGAGAGUAAGAAGACCUACAACAGCGUCAGCAAGGUAGACAAGAUGUCCCGCAUCAUCUUCCCAGUCCUCUUUGCCAUCUUCAACCUGGUCUACUGGGCCACGUAUGUAAACCGGGAGUCAGCUAUCAAGGGAAUGAUCCCCAAACAGUAAAACCAGGCACACAAACCUUCCACCAGAGAGCACCAUGCAGGCAGCAGUUCUCCAGGGCUUUCUUCUUUCUUAGUUUGUUUAAUUAGGGUAGGUAGGUUGCUGUUAUUACUAUUAAGAUGAUCUCAUCCUUUUCUAAUGUAAACCAAACGGUGAUUUUUCCUUUACUCCUGCCUUCUUUAGCUUCCUUUUACUUUGUUUCUGAUAACAAAAAGGAAAAAAAAAAAAAACACAAAAAAUGGAUCACAACAAAUUGUGCCUCUAACAUCGUGAGUCUGAUGUCCCCUUUCUGUCCAAGUCACUCCAUGCUUCCAUCUCUCCUCUUCCACCUCCUGCCAUUCCCACGGUCUGCAUGCCGCUGCUGUUCUGCAUUCUGUUCUGCUGGGGGCUGCUGCUCCAGUUUGCCCUCCUACUCCUCUUCUGUGAUGGGCUACCCUAGUGUGGGGGAUGCUCCUGCUGACCUGCACUCCAGGGCAUGGAGGCCUCCAGAGUCAGUCAAACAGCUGGGCUGCUCUUCAGUGCCUGGUGCUUUGUGCUAGGUGGUGCUCCCUGGGACGUGGAUGCAGGUAGGCUGGUCCAGUGAGGGAGCAGUGCAGCGUGGACCAACUUGUAGCCCAAUGCCUGCUAGGGGUGAACCCACCACUGCUGUGAUUCAUAGAGCUAUUGCAGGGGUGGAACAGGGUGGCAGCAUCUUGUAGGUAUCUACAGGGCUUCUCCCUCCCUUAUCUUCACCAAACCCAGCAACUGAUUUCAUCCAUGUCUCUUCACAGACGAGCAGGUGAGAAAGGCCUUGCCUGUCUGCCAUCCAGAACUCUUGGAGCAUGUUAGAGGGUGGAGUGGUUCCUUCCAGAGAAGUAUUUUUUGGUGAGGAUAGUCACAAUGUCAAAGCAGGAGUUUUUUAAUGCCUUGCAGGAGAUAGCAGCCAUGAAGCUGUAUGCGUUCAGCAUCAGGACUGGAAGCCAUAGAGUUCAUAUUCAGAUCUGUGUUUUGUCACUUUCUCACAGCCCCAUCCACUUAUCCUCCUUGGAAUCUCCUCUGUGCCCCAGCCCCUUCUUUCAGCUCCUCAUUCAUCUUCCUUUGGCUACUCAGCAGCCCCCAGUAGUGUCUCACUGCUGAUGGGUGGCUUUAGGCAGAGAAGACUCAUCCUUUCAGAUAAGCCACAGGAACAGGGAGAAAAGCACCAGAGCAGCAUCAGUGUUGGUUCAGGGCAGCUCAGGUGCAGUCUAUUUCCUGUGCAACACACCAGGGGCCACUCUACCACCUGUGAGGGUAAGAGGACACUUAGUCUGCCUCUGGUGAACUCAGCACCAUGGGAGAGCAGCAUCAAGGUGCUCUUUGCAGCAACAGAGUGGUACUGCUGUCCCGAAGAGUCAUGUGAGGCAGAUGCCAUCCCAAUAGCCAUUGAGACAAGACCCAACUCUUAACACCUGCACACUCUUCCAGGGAAAGUCCUCUGGUGCCUUGGAGAGAAGCUUUUACCCUUCCCAGCCACCAUAGUCAGGGACCCAAACCUGUGGCUGUCUCCUUCGCAUCAGCAACACGAGACGGUCACAACCAAGCCAUUUGCUCCCCUGCCCUGGUGCCUGAUCACACGGACACAAUGUCUUGCUGCAAGGAAGGACAUCUUGUGCCUGAUGAGUUCUCAUCCCCAGCCUGUGGGCAGCACUGAUCCUCCCAGCAGCCCUGCUCUUAGGGUGGGAUGUACUUCCUUUUUACUGGGCCUCUCUCUGACCCUUCUGCCCGCCUUGAUCUGCCUCCAGCAUGUUUUAGGUGCAUGCAGUCAGGCCAAAUCCCCAGCACCCCCAAGAUGAUGUCUUCAGCAUUGCUUUGAGCCACUGUCCUGAGCUCAGUUCUCCCCUGCCUGUGUAAGAGCAGGACUGAGUGCAGGGCACCAGAUUAGCCCCACCUGGAAUAUCCAUGGCAAUGGCAGGACAGGGUAGGGAAGGCCAGGGCACUUUGUCCUGCAGCAUGGGUGGCUUUGGUGCAUGUCCUGCCCAUUCCUUACCAAUCUUGCUGGCUCAACAGCAGUGUAGUAGCUCCUUUGCCUGCAGGGGCAGUGAUAAGAGGAGUUUGAAGACAUUUAGCUCAGCCCCCAGUGUGUUCAGGCCGCAAGUGCAUCCACACCAGCAGGCAGCAUCAGCCAAAAGGUGACAACCCCCCAGCCUCAAGCUGAUGCUAAGGAAACCAUCUCUCUCCCCAGCCUCUCCUUACAGCACCCACACCCCAAACCACCCAUGACAUCUCUGCAGUGCCUUCCAUCCUCCACAGCUCCAUACUGGGUGGCGAGGAGGGAAAAGCCUGGGAGCUCUCCUGCUUUACAUCCCAGCAUUGGAUGGGAGGAGCAGAGGGGGAGUGCAUCACCCCCAGACCUGCUGCUGGGCAGGGCAACAUCCCAGCUUGCUUUUACACCUGAGGCAUCCAGCUCCUCCUGGCACUGGCUUCCUGCUGCUGCUGCAGUUACCCCGCUCUGACAGCCCAGCUGCCCCGGCACUGCCCUGUUGCAGCUCCAUGCCCCUCACCACUGAGGCCACCUGUGCUCCCUCUACACCACCACCACCCCCCCUCCAGCAGCAAGAGCCAUUGCUGCCACCCUUCUGCUGCCUGAGCUCUCCAGUAGGAAGCGCUGUGCUAACCAGCUGUGAGACUGUUCUGGAAACUACUUGGGUGUCAUUUUCUUAACUAAGCUGGAUGAAGUGUAUCUCAUAAAACAUUCGUGUCUCUGUAGUACUCAGGCCUGAGUGAAUGGAACAGAAACCCUCCAAAAAGCAGAACAAACACAAUAAAAUGGUAUCAAAGAGAGCAUUGUGUUUACUAACUGAAUUACAACUAAGGAUCUAGUGACUUAGCUGGCUUGUGAUCCUGGUGCAGAGGUGGUCUCCUUUCAUAGCCUGGGCAGUCCCCAGAGCCCCCUCUGUGCUGAGGGCAGAUCACCUUGCUACACGUUGCUGUGCCUGCUUUGUAGAGCUCUCCAUAAAGGAUCAGGCCUUACCGUUGGUUUCUCAGCCCCCAGGCGCUGCCUUUUCUGCCCACCCAGGGCGGCCCAGGCGUUGUGCAGCAGGGUGAUGUGCAGCCUGCCAGGGCUGGACUCCUCUGCAGUGUUGGGCACAGCAUCAGGCAGCAUCUGAGCUUCUCUCUUCCUGUGGGUGAUCCAAGAUGUCUUGCUGCACCAUCAGGGUGAAACUCCUGCUUGUGUCUUCCCCUAGUCCUUCCUCCCGUGCCACUGAAACUUGUCCCUCCCCAGGACACAGCCCACUGAUGUAGUUUGCCGGUGACAUCUGUCUGCUGGCUCAUCUUUGCUCUUCCUGACUCCAAAAAGCUUUGCCUGAUAAAAGGCUGCCUUCCUGGAUCUCUGUUAGCAAGCCUUGAAAGCCAAGUCUAUUCCCACCAAGGCCUGGCACUGCCUCUGAGUCCUUUUGCCAGCUGGAAGCAGAAACACCAGCAUCCUUUGGUUAAAGACAACAAACCAAACAGGAUUUGUAGUGAGGCUUCCAAGCAGGGAAGUAUUUCAGGAAGAUAGUUAUAAAUAAGUGGUUUAAUAUCUCUUGCCAGCAGACAUCACAGAGAAGAUAAUGUUCUUUUUUUUUCCAAACUCUGCCAGAGGCUCAAACUGGGACAUUUCCUUCCCAGCUAACAUGGAGCUGCUGAUGAUGAGGGGUGGGGGCUUCUUCUAAGGGCACACCAGGCCAGAGCUAACCUAGCAUCAGUAACUGGGGGUCUCUGCUUGCAGUGCUAGUAUCUAAGGGCUCCACUUUUGUAUAGGAGCAGAUAUGAGCAUGGCCAUUAAUAGCUUAAUCCACUGCUGCGCACAGGGCAGGCACUUCACUUCACUGUGAACCUCAGCACUCCCAUCUUUCUUCUUCCAGCAAGGCCCAAAGCCUCCUUGACUUGAUCAGAGCAUCCCAGGCAAAAAUGAGAAGCCUUAGAGGGUGAUCAAAAUCUGUUCAGUCUGUGCUGCUGUUCUGUAGCCUGCACACCUGGGACACGGAGUACAGUCCAAGCCUGCAGUUGCAUUCCUCAUUUGAGUGCUGUGUCCAGUUCUGGGCCCUUCAAUUCAAGAGAGAUGCUGAGGUACUGGAAGGUGUCCAGAGAUGGGCAACAAAGAUGGUGAGGGGCCUGGAGCACAGCCCUGUGAGGAGAGGCUGAGGGAGCUGGGGGUGUUUAGCCUGGAGAAGAGGAGGCCCAGGGGGUACCUCAUUGCUGUCUACAACUCCCUGAAUGGAGGCUGUAACCAGGUGGAGGUUGGUCUCUUCUGCCAGGCAAGCAGCAACAGAACAGGGGCACACAGUCUCAAGUUGUGCCAGAGCAGGUCUAGGCUGGAUGUUAGGAGGAAGUUGUUGGCAGAGAGAGUGAUUGGCAUUGGAAUGGGCUGCCCAGGGAGGUGGUGGAGUCACCAUCCCUGGAGGUGUUCACGAAAAGCCUGGAUGAGGCACUUGGUGCCGUGGUCUGGUUGAUUGGACAGGGCUGGGUGCUAGGUUGGACUGGAUGAGUUUGGAGGUCUUUUCCAACCUGGUUGAUUCUAUGACUCUAUGAAAUGUGUCUAACUGCAAAUCUCAGGAUAAGAUAGAAAGUUACCCCCGUGCUGGGUGUGCAGAGACACUUCAGGACUGAUGCAGAUAUCACAGCCCACCUGGGGCAUGGGCAGACAUGGGGUCCAGGUGUCCAUUCUGUGGGAUUUGGUUGCAGGUGAUUCACAGAUAAGUUCAUCAGUGACUAUAUGCCUGAGAUGCUCCUAUUUUCCAUGUGUUUUCUGUCUGACCUCAGGCUCACAAGAUGUCAGGGAGUGGAAGGGACCCAAAGAGAUCAUCCAGUCCAUCCCCCCUGCCACAGCAGGACCAUACAAUCCAUCUCUGGUCACAGGGGAAUGCAUCUAGACAGGCUUUGAAUGUCUCCAGAGAAGGAGACUCCACAGCCUCUCUGGGCAGCCUGUGCCAGGGCUCUGAGACCCUUACUGUCAAGAAGUUCCCCCUUGUGCUGAGCUGGAACCUCCUGUGCUGCAGCUUCCAUCCAUUGCUGCUUGUCCUGUCCCAGAGAGCAGUGAGCAGAGCCUGUCCUCCCCCAUCCUGACCCCCAGCCCUCAGAUAUUUAUAAGCAUCUAUUAAAUCCCCUCUCAGUCUUCUCUUCUCCAGACUAAACAGCCCCAGGUCCCUCAGCUUCUCCACAUCAGGCAGUGCUCCAGUCCCCUAACCAUCCUUGUAGCCCUCCGCUGGAAUCUCUCCCUGUCCCUCUUGAACUGGGGAGCCCAAAACUGAAUGCAGUACCUCCUCCUUUUCCAUUCUCUUGGAUGAAAGCUGUCCCUGGAGGUGGUUAAGAAAAGCCUGGAUGAGUCAUUUAGUGCCAUGGUCUAGGUGACUGGAUAGGGCUGGGGGAUAGGUUGGACUGGAUGAUCUUGGAAGUCUCUUCCAACCUGUUUGAUUCUAUGAUCCUGUGAUUCUUUCUCUUUCCAGUUUAUCAUGCACAGUGCUUGUAGGUUGUAUUCAGGAGAAUGAAGCUUCACAUCUCUGAAAAUGUCAGAGGGACAUUCUGGGGCACUCACCUCUUCCUUCCUCUGAAACCACACAUGUGCAAAAGCAGAGCAGCUUUCAGGAGCUCUGUGCCCCUGGGGAGGCAGGGGGUUGGUUCACCUGAGGUCCUCCAAGGGGGCAGGGAGACAGGUCACGGCUGCUUGGGUGGUGUUAGUGCUGUGACAUUUCUGCAGGGUGGCAUCAGAGGGACAGGGGAGAAAUGGUCCCUCAGUGACACCCAUUAUGCUAAAGGGCUGAUGGAGAUACCCCAUGCAACGUCUGGAGAGCUUCUUGAACAUCAUCAAGCAGGACUGUGGCACCAGAGGCCGAGUUUCCUGGCUCUGCUCUGAGCACCAAGCUCAACAUGAGCAAAGUUGGCUUUGCCAUUCCCUAGGUCUUACAGGCAAUUGCCAUGGCCACCACAGCUCACCCCCAGCAGCUCAGUGGUAGUGGCAGUGUCCUAGUCUGUUGUAGGGCAUCUUCUGGGCAAGCAGACCCCACAAUUGCUGUUCCCAGACACAAGCCAUGCAUGUAAAGAAGGUGACAGACAGCCCAUUUCUGCAAGCCUGUCCUGUGGGCACAAGGUACACUCUUUUCUCAUCCACUGCCUUGAUUUCUUCUGCCCAUAUCCUGGAUUCCUUUCAUAGAUCCCUUGGGGAGGAUUAAAGGGCUACAUCACCUACCAGCCUUUGCCCCAGAUCACCUUACAUGAGAAGACCCUCUGUUCUGCCAGGAACCUCUCUGGUACCUUCAGAAACCUGGAGCUCUUGUCCCAGAUCACCUUACAUGAGAAGACCCUCUGUUCUGCCAGGAACCUCUCUGGUACCUUCAGAAACCUGGAGCUCUUGUCCCAGAUCACCUUACAUGAGAAGACCCUCUGUUCUGCCAGGAACCUCUCUGGUACCUUCAGAAACCUGGAGCUCUUGUCCCAGAUUACCUUACAUGAGAAGACCCUCUGUUCUGCCAGGAACCUCUCUGGUACCUUCAGAAACCUGGAGCUCUUGUCCCAGAUUACCUUACAUGAGAAGACCCUCUGUUCUGCCAGGAGCCUCUCUGGUACCUUCAGAAACCUGGAGCUCUUGCCCCUCUUGAAGGGUGCUGUAGAAGUGGCCUCUCUGUGGUGCCCUUUGCAGCUGAUGCAAGAGGAAAGCAGCUAAACACAUGCCACUGUUAAAGGUCAGGAGUGAGUGGCUAUUGAGGACAGCUAUGCUCUCCCAGCUUACCAGGGUGUGCUGGGAGACACAGAGGACCAGGCAGCUCCCCACACACUUGCCUGGAGAAGGGUUUGGCAGGGACAUGCGCCUCUUCCAUGUGCUUCAUCCUGGGGAUGGUGGAGAGCCAGCACGGGGCUAUGGGACUGUGCUGUUGCAGCAGGCAGCAUCCAGGGCUUCUCCCAGGUCUUCCUCCCCACACUUUAACCCACCCAGUCAAAUAUCUGUGUAGGCUUUGCAGACUGGGGAGAAACAUCAUCCCCCUGAUUCCUUGUUGGCUGUUGGGGGUGGAGAAGACUCAGCCAGGGUGAGUGGCACAUUCAUGAAAACAUAAAUGCUCUAUUAAUGUCAAAGGAGGGGGAAAACCACCAAGCAAUUCAUCAAUCCUCUCUCCUUAUCAGGCUAAACUGCAACUGAAGGCAUUUCUGGCAAGAGGCCACUGCACAGAUGAGGCUGAUGGCUUCCAGGUAUAAAUAUUUAUCGUUUGACCUUGUUAUUGUUCUGCCAGACAAAAGUUUAUAUAUAUAUAUAUGGAUACAUAUGCUUGUGUGCCUCUGUAUAUUUAUGCUUACAAAGACUUCCUAUCUGAAAGUCAAAUCUCUUUCUCUUUGAAAGGGAAAAUGGCCACUUGCAAUUAUUUUGCUUCCCUCUCAUUCUCUGCUAAAUCUUCUGGAAAGAGGACAUCCCUCUCUGCUGGUCCUCAGAUGGCUUCAGGAGGCACAGGGAACAAAGGCCACGAGGAACAAGAGGCUCCAGCCAUGCUGGGGUCUUGGUGCAGGCUUGCUGCAUGUAGCCAGGUCACUGCUGGCAGAGCUGCUCAGCACUUCAGGAAAACUUAGUCCCAGGUGUCUCAACUUCUGCAACACAACCCUUGUCCUACCCUGGGAAGGCAGCAAGGCUUUUCCAACAGCUGAGUGCCAUCGGCGAGUAGUCCUCGCUCCAUAGCACAACCAGGGAAUGCGUAGCUGAGUGUUGCAAAAGGGCUGUGAAGUCUCUGAGCCUGCUUUGGGAGGGACCACAAAACCUGAUGAGGUCCAUUCUAACUGCUCCUGGACAGAGGAGCACCACAGGUAGGGGCUGCACUUCAACUUGGGUGCCGGUGGUUGGCCACUGCCUGCUGCUUAGCCAGGCGUGAUGUGCUGACACAUUAAUGUGUGCUAGUUUUGGGAGGGGGCAGCAAAAGCAUAGGCCUUUGCUGCCACUGUCCCAGGCAUGCACUUCUUCUCACCUCAGCACAAGCAAGACCAAAGAUAGAUGCUGGGCAGCCCGGGAGUGGUGAGACCAUGGUAAGCUGGUGGCCCCUAGCAUGGUAGCAAGUGGCAGCUCCCUUAAUGUUAUCCCUUUUUCUCCCCCUCUGUUAGGAGAAAUGUUUAGGCAGUGAUCCUGCAGCUGCACUCGUAGCUUCUGUAUUCCCUCCUCUGCUGCUGGAGGAAGGCUCUCACGAUCAGCAGCACUCGUUGCCUGUACUUUUUGGUGUCCUAGCCACGAGAAUGAUGGAUGUCACCACUCAUAAAAACAAAGCUGGUUCUCUUUCCGAGUCUGUUCCUGCCUCCCAGCAUGGCACUCUGUGCUGCUUUAAACAGCAGAGAGCCUUAGGCUUGGAUCAGUCCUAACGUUUGACCUGCCACCCUUCACCACAAGUGGGGUUAUGUUGGUUUAUGCCCAUGAAGCUCAAGGAGAAAGUAAGAUCUUCUAGCUGCUCUUUGCUAUUUCCCACUCUCCUGAUCCCCACCAGUGCAGUUCUCUUCUGUACACAGCUUUAAUGAUCCCAUCUGCCUAGAGGGGGAAGCCUGGUUCCAGGUUUGCUGUGCAAGCCAGGAUGCUCCCACAGUCUUUGAAGGCUCUUGGCUCUCUCUCCGCUGCUGCCUGAAGGUCCUGUCGACUUGAUGUUUCCAUUGGCUCAUGUUAGUCUGCUAGCAGCACUCUGUUUCCUUCAUGAAGUCUGUCAAUUCCUCUUGUCUCUUUGCAGGGCAUCCAGCAAACAUAGUGGCAAUCAUACACUGAACAGUUUGGGGUUUGCAGCCCAAACGUAAGGGUAAAGCUGGGAAACCUGAGUCAUUGCCACACAGCCUUUGCCAGGCUGUACUUAGAAUUGAAGGGCUCUUCUCCUUUGUCAUGAGGGAGUUUCUCAGCCCACCAGAUUUAGCCAGGUGAGCACAAGCAUCCCUUCAUCAGCUAGAUUUUCACUGUCAACUGUCUUGGGGACAGCAGCAGGUGAAUAUUCUACCUGAAGAUGAGGGCACCUGCUGCCCUUUUAGCUGUGGCCCUGGUGCCCAGGGCAGGGCAAGUUGCAUUAGCAUCACACUAGGGCAGCCCAUCGUGGGAAGGAGCAAACUGCCAGAGCCCACCCUCCUCUUCACUGCCUCAGGAUCAGUCUGUGCCCUGCUAUCUCUCCUUUCUUUUCCAUCUUGUGAUACACUCUUUACUCCACUAUCAGAAGCAUCUAUCUGGCAGCAGUUUAAUGCAUGACAAUCCUGUUACUACAGCUGUAAAUAAUUAACAACUAGGGAGGCAAAGACAAAAAAGCAUUUUUUACAUCUUUGGUUGACUUUGUUUUCCAUUGACUAGCUGGUAGCAACUUUCUGAAGGGAUAUCUCAAGGAAACUGUGACCUUUCUUCUCUCUGUUUCUCUCUCUCUGUCUCUCUCUCUCUGUCUCUGAGAUUCGUGUUCCAAAUGCUUUCCGGUGCAACGUUCAAUGCCUGUUUGUAUUUUUGAAUUGUAUUUUUCAACCUUUGCUGGAAAAAAUUAAACUAAAAUAAAUUGCCCAUUCUUAAUUGGCAGGAUUUGGAGCCCUGCAUUAUUUUUUUUUCCCCAGCUUUUAGCUUUUUCAAUAGACUAAAGCAAUGGGGGCGGGGGGGAGUCUCAAAAAAAAUUGCAGUGAAGUUCUGAAGAGAGAUUAGAAAACAUCAGAAGCAAGAACUACAUGAAUAAGAUCAGCAAGCUGAGUGGAGAAGGAGGACUCUUGACCACCUACCCACGUUCUGAUUGACCACACAAAGCAGGACUAGGGCCUCUUCACGGAAUCAAAGCACUCUGGUUUUCCACUCUGCCUGCUCUCUCGACCUCCAAUCAAAACAAAUAAAAAGUCAUCUUUUAAAAAACUGAUAA